AUGCAGGGCACCAGGCUCGGUCAGAUACGCGCGUACUAUCUCGGGAGCGUCGUCUGCGUAGGGGGGUUUCUCUUCGGGUACGACUCCGGCAUAGUCGGCGGUGUCUUGACGCUCGCUUCCUUCCAGCGCGACUAUGGCUACGCGACCGCAGGGGCGACGCGGACCAACUCGCUGUCGGUCGGGCUCCAGCAGCUCGGGGCCUUUGUCGCGUGCUUCCUCGCGUGGCCCCUGACGGACUACCUCGGCCGCAAGAAGGCGCUGAUGAUCUCCAGCCUGGUCUUCUGCGUCGGCGCGCUCGUGCAGACCAUCAACACGCACUCGCUGGCGGCGUUUUACGUCGCGAGGGUCAUCGCCGGGCUGGGGCUCGGCACGGCGACCGUGGUUGUCCCCAUGUUCAGCUCGGAGAUGACGCCCAAGGAGAUCAGGGGCCAGAUAGGGAGCUUCUUCCAGUGGUUCUUCACCUUUGGCAUCUUUACCAGCUACUGGGUCGACUACGGGGUCGCCCUGGGCCCGAGCAACUCGCGGCAGUGGCAGAUCCCCGUCGGCCUGCAGCUGGUCCCCGGGGCUCUGCUGGGCCUCGGGAUGCUGACGCUCAGGGAGAGCACCCGGUGGCUUACCAAGAAGGGCCGUCACGAGGAGGCGCUCGAGAGCCUCAAGUGGAUCCGGGCGGACGACUCACAGGCGGUGUUGGACGAGAUGGAGGACAUCAGGCUGGGCGUCGAGAUGGAGGCCCGCGCCACCGAGGGCUUCCGGCCCAGGGAGCUCCUCCAGGGCGACAACUUCAAGCGGGUCUUCGCCGCCUUCGCCAUCUUCGCAGCACAGCAGGCUACCGGCGCAACCGCCUUUGCCUACUUUGGACCGCAGUACUUUAAGCUCCUGGUCGGGUCUGGAAAUAAGGGCCUGCUGCUCACGGCGAUCUUUGGGGCCAUCAAGGUCGCCGCCUGUGGAAUCUUCGUCCUGUUCGUCUCUGAGCGGGUCGGCCGGCGGAAUGUGCUGAUCGGAGGAGCGGCUUUCAUGGCCGCUUGCCAGAUAACGACUGCCGCCGUCGUCAAGGCGAUCCCGCCACCCGAGCAGGGCAAUGUCACCAGCUCUGGCAUCGCCACGGUUGCUUUGAUUUACCUUUUUGUCAUCGCAUAUAACUUCAGCUGGGGUCCGAUGCCGUGGCCCUAUGUGGCUGAGAUCUUCCCUGCUCGGAUUCGUGAGCCAGGCGUGGCCGUCGGCGUGGGCUCACAAUGGUUGUUCAACUUUGUCUUCUCGUUGACAACGCCGUACAUGAUGACGAAUAUGGGCUGGGGCACUUUCCUGUUGUGGGGCGUCUUCGAUGUUGUUAUCGCCAUCGUUGCUUUCUUCUUCCUCAAGGAGACCAAGGGGCUGUCGCUGGAGACCAUUGCGCACCAGAACUUCAAGAGGGGAGCCUCAGAGGACGAUGUGAUACACACCAAGCAGCACGGUGAGGACCCCUCGUGA